CUUAUUUAGAACAUCUUUAUUAAGUGACCAAGCACUGCUGACUACUGGCAGGCACAGAGUUUGCAACUCCACCCUCCCAAUUGCCGUACUCUGCAAGUAGAUUCUUGGGAAUGAUUGACAGUCAGUUGGUUUUAGAAGGUUCAUUCCACAACAUGAAACCUGAAAAAAUGGGAUUUAUACAUCUCUCCAGCCAGAACUGAAAACGAAUGGGGAUUGUAUUGCUUUUCCUGUUUUUUCUAUUUCUGCUAAGAAAUAGCAAUGUACAAGGAAAUUGUUCUCCAGGGAGUGCAGUGACUUGUGAAGAUUGUUUGUUUUCUGGACCACAGUGUGCUUGGUGUUCUCAAGAGAAUUAUACAGACUCAUCUGGAAUUCACGGAAGGUGUGAUACUCCAGAAAAUCUUUUGUCAAAAGGAUGUCAGUUGAACUUUAUUGAAUUUCCCAUUUCUAAAGUAGAAAUUCACAAAAAUAAGCCCCUUAGCAUAGGAAUCCAGAAGAAUAACUCUGAUGUCACACAGAUUUCCCCUCAAAAGUUAACUUUUAGACUGCGACCAGGAAAUGAAGAAACAAUAGAGAUUAAAGUUCGCCAGACUGAAGAUUAUCCAGUUGAUCUCUAUUACCUCAUGGACCUUUCCGCUUCCAUGGAUGAUGAUCUGAAUACAAUAAAGGAAUUAGGCUCAACUCUUUCCAAAGAAAUGUCAAAACUAACAAGCAACUUUAGACUGGGCUUUGGGUCUUUUGUUGAAAAACCAGUUUCACCAUUCAUCAAAACCACAGCUGAAGAAAUAAACAACCCUUGCAGAAGUGUUCCACGUGAUUGCUUACCCACCUUUGGAUACAAACAUGUUUUGCCAUUAACGAAUGACGCUGAAAGAUUCAAUGAAAUUGUGAAAGAACAAAAAAUCUCAGCUAAUAUAGAUACUCCAGAGGGAGGAUUUGAUGCAAUUAUGCAGGCAGCUGUUUGCAAGGAAAAGAUUGGGUGGAGAAAUGACUCUCUACAUCUGCUGGUGUUUGUGAGUGAUGCUGAUUCCCAUUUUGGGAUGGACAGUAAACUGGCAGGGAUUGUUAUUCCAAAUGAUGGGCAUUGUCACUUGGACCACAAUAAUGAAUAUUCCAUGUCAACAGUUUUGGAGUAUCCAACAAUUGGACAACUAACAGACAAGCUUGUGCAAAAUAACGUUUUACUAAUUUUUGCUGUAACAAAGGAACAAGUUUACUUAUAUGAGAAUUAUGCCAAACUUAUUCCUGGAGCUACUGUUGGACAACUUCAGAAAGAUUCUGGAAAUAUUCUCCAAUUAAUCAUUGAUGCAUAUAAGGAGCUACGAUCUGAAGUGGAGCUGGAGGUGUUAGGAGACACAGAAGGACUCAAUCUCUCUUUCACGGCAAUCUGUAACAAUGGUACCAUUUUUCCGCACCAGAGGAAAUGUUCCCAUAUAAAAGUAGGAGAGACAGUCUCUUUCAACAUGACAGUAAGCCUACCUACCUGUGAGAAAAGGCGGAGGCAGAUUGUAAUAAAGCCUGUGGGCCUGAGUGAUGCCCUGGAAAUUGAUAUUCAGCUGGAAUGCAGCUGUAACUGUCAGAAAGAGGCUGAGAUGAACAGUUCCAAAUGCAGCAAAGGAAAGGGCUCUUUUGAGUGUGGUGUGUGUGCCUGCAACCCUGGCUACAUGGGUCCUUAUUGUGAAUGUAAUGAAAAUUCCCUGAGCACAAAUUCCUGUAAAAGGUCUCCAGAGCAGAGCUCCUGCAGCGGGAGAGGCGACUGUUACUGUGGCCAGUGUAUUUGCCAUUUCUCAGUGUACGGAAAUAUUUAUGGGCCAUACUGUGAAUGUGACAAUUUCUCUUGCGUGAGAUUUAAAGGAUUGCAAUGUGGAGGUAAUGGUGAUUGUGACUGUGGUGAAUGUGUAUGCCACAGGGGAUGGACUGGUGAAUAUUGUAACUGCACAACUGACACUAACUCCUGUGUUUCUGAGGAUGGAAUACUGUGCAGUGGAAGAGGUGAAUGCAUUUGUGGAACAUGUGUUUGCACAAAUCCCGGGGCCUCUGGUAGCACAUGUGAAAGAUGCCCUACAUGUGGUGAUCCUUGUAAUUCCAAACGGAGUUGCAUAGAAUGUCACUUGGCUUCUGAUGUCCAGUCACAGGCAGAAUGCAAUGAAAAAUGUAGAUUAGUUGACGCAACUGUCAACAGUGCAGAAGAUUUCUCAAAGGAUAAAUCUAUUCCCUGCUCUUUACAAGGGGAAAAUGAAUGUGUUACUACAUUUCUAAUGGCUACAGAUGAACAGGGAAGGACAAUCAUUCACAGCAUAAAGCAGAAAGAUUGCCCACAACCUCCAAACAUUCCGAUGAUAAUGUUGGGUGUUUCUCUUGCUAUCCUUCUGAUUGGCAUUGUUCUACUUUGUAUAUGGAAAUUGCUAGUUUCUUUUCAAGACCGAAAAGAGGUUGCCAAGUUUGAAGCAGAAAGAUCAAAGGCCAAAUGGCAAACGGGAACAAAUCCCCUGUACAGAGGCUCAACAACUACAUUUAAAAAUGUAACUUACAAGCAACAAGAAAAGCAAAAAGUGGACAUUACUGCAGAUUUCUAUUAGCACUUCAGACACUGGAAAAUUAGUUUUACUGACAAGAUAUAUAAAAGCACUAUUUCGUUGCUAUUUCUUUAUAACUGAUGACAUGGAUGUUUAUUAGCACAUCUUAGUGAUAUAAUUCAGCUAGAGCAAAUAUAUUUUGUGUGUAUUGAAGGUACUGUAGAUAAUUUUUAGUCAUACAGCAGUUAACAGGAACAUUACAAAGAAACACACUUAACAUUCAGACCCACAAAUUAGUCUUAAAGAAGAAAGCACUGAAGAUUUCUGUGGAAUUUGCUCCACAAAUAGAAUAAAAAUUCACCAUCAAUAAGCACAUUUUGGUGAGUCUAACUUGUAUUUGCUAUUUAUGGUGAAUUUGACUUUACGUUGUUCACACUACAAUGCCACACAUAUGGUGCAUGCCCAAACACAAUCAGUCUACGCUGUUGGCUUACAUAAAAUAAAAGAUAGGAAUUUAUGAAUGACAAGACUAAUGCAAGCAGGGCUAGAGGGUCCUGAUGCCAAACUAUGGGCCUGGACAGUGAUUUAAUCAGAAACAACUGAAUAUAUAGCCUAGCUUACAUGGAUCCAAAGCUUACAAAAAUAUCUCCUCAACCUCUUUGCCUUUCCCUCUUUCUUUGCCUGUCUCCUUCCCUGCCCCUGACUCUUCUCCCUUUGGUGUUCUACCUUUUUCUUUAAGGACCCAUUCUAAGGCACUGCCAAAAGUGAAUCCUGUUUAAACACAGUCAGAUCACUUCCUCCUCUUUCCUCUGAGUUCUAGUGGAGAGGUUCUUGUACAAAACAGAAAUGUUUGUCAUAGUUCAGAAAACUCAAUAGAGCAGCUUUAAACCUGAAGAUGACCCUGAGGGUUCUGAAAAAUCUACCUCCUGUGCAGAGAUCCCACACAAGGCCUAUACAACACUUAAUCCUAAUUAGGUUUCAGGAUAUGCCUAGGAGCUGCACAGGCUAUUGUGCAAGCACUUUGCAUAGAAGAGAAUUUAAUACAUAAGGCACAUUUGUAAUUAUCAUACCUAUAAUAGCAUUGUUUUGUGGAUACCACAUAUACAAAUAAUGAGAUUCUUAGGUGUCCAUAGCAGCAGCGUAUUCUAACCUGCAAGUCCAUUUAUUCUAGUACAAGAGAAUAUAUUUGGCCUUUUUAGACAGUUUUUCAAAAUAAGCAGUUAAUAAUUACUAAUUCCACUUGGUAUUCAUGGCGGUGACUUUAAUAAGGACCUUAAAAACUCAGUUUUUAACUAGAGUUGCUAACUACUUGCCAUAGACCCUUAGUCAAAAAUGCUGAUGGCAUGCACAGUACUGAAAAAAAAUAGCUGAUGUGAUAACAUGUUAAUGACACUAUCAAGAUUUUUUUUAGAGAGAAAAAAAUACUGUAUUGACCUAGGUAUUAGUUUCUUCUGAAAUGUUUUAACCUUCUGGAAUCCAUGGUAAAGAGAUUCAGAGUGCAGACUAUUUUUACGACAGACACAUAUGCCAUCUGAAAAUAUUUUUUAAAAAAUAUGUUAACCUAUUGACAGGCUAACAAAAACUAUAUUUUUCUCUUCAAUAAACCAAAAUUUUGAUCUAAAAAUCCUUGUAGGUGGCCAUUUUGAAAUAAAUAUU